UGCCGUCAAAAAAGUCAUUGAUGCUUUCGGUGGUAACGUUGCUCGAUCUACUGGUGUAAUUAGAGAUGCUGAGAAAUACAGUAAACCUCUCAAUCUUGACGAAGAGGGAAAUAAGUGGGCGGAUAUCUGGGGAAAGGAGGUUGCAGAUGAUCUAGUUGAAAGCGUGAAGAAGGCAAUGGUGGAUUAUGAUUAUAUGUUGCAAAGACGUAUCCGGCCCACUAAGAACUGAAUAGUGUCUGAAGGCGUACUUAUUUUCUCGAGUUUUUUCAAUCAAAGAGUCUGUAUGUAGCUGUAUGUAUCUAGCGCUUAUCAACUUACAUAUGUAGGUCACGGUCAGCGUAACCGCUUAUCCAUCAACAUCUCAUUCAUGCCUGGCUCAACUUCGACUGCUAGGAUGAAUGCCGCACCCAUCUCCUCUGAUUUGAAGCCCCUCCCUCCACGAACUUUGGCGGAAGUUCGAGACCAAGUUGCACAAGAAAUUGCUGUGCAAAUGGUGAAUAAGGCGGAACUUCUCGACGAUGUCAAGAUUGGUGUUAUGAUGACUUUUUCCAAAAGUGACGAUGCAGGAUUCUUGAAACAAAUCGCCCAAACUAUCAAGGAAUGCUGUCUCCAGGAUUUUUUGUUCGCUGUUUACACCACGGGUCCUCCCAUUGAUUCGAGCGCCAACUUUGUUUUCUUAUGUGGCUCCGCAGAGGAUUAUGUUCAGAGAGCUGUUCUUUUGACCACCUCAAAGUUUAUUGGGCGAGUUCUGGGGGUUCGAAACGAGCCCGCUUAUACGUCCUUCAUAUCUGUCAAGGAUGUUGGAUAUACAUCUUACGACGAGAGUGCUUUAUGGGACGUUGUACGGAAAUCUGCUCAACCUCCAAUUGAUCCUUUAAUCCCUCCUCCUGGAUCGAGAGGCAUCGAGAAGAUUCUCUCAGAUGCACGCGCUAAGCUCCAACGUCUGAAAUCAACGGAGGCAUACGAAGAGUUGUGUGAACCCGAGGUCGGCGCACCUACCUUCCUCGUUGAUAUUCGGCCUGCAGAUCAGAGGGACGAGGAAGGUGGCAUCAACGGUGCCCUGGUUAUAGAACGAAAUGUUCUGGAGUGGAAAUUUGAUCCUCGAUCGCAUUCGAGAUUGAAUAUCGCAGAUCGUUAUGAUCUGAGGAUCAUCGUGUUCUGCUCAGACGGAGACUCUUCGAGUUUGGCAGCAUACUCACUUCAACAGCUCGGAUUGCUGAACGCGACGGAUAUCAUCGGAGGUUAUCGUGCUUGGAGAGAUGCUGGACUGCCGGUGGAUAUACCUAUUCGUACGACACGUUCUGUUUCAUCUCUGCCGGGGCAGUCCUCGGUUUGACCUCCCUCUCUGUGUCGAUGGUCUUGUCGUAACUCGAAACCCCUAAUUUAGGAUGGAGACCACAUUGGAAGAUACAAUGGAACAUUUACUAUAUAUACACAGGAGCAGGCAGUCCAUAC